AUGGAGACCUACCGUGGCUACGUGCGGACUCCCGCAGACGCCAUCAAGCUGUUCGAGGCUUGCAGAUUGGGUCUGCUCCCCAGAGUGCAGCGGCGACUGUCGGAGAAGGAGCGCCAGUCGAUCAGAUCAGGAUCUGUCUUCGUGUGGGACGAGCGCGAGGCUGGCAUGCGCCGGUGGACCGACGGGAAAUCUUGGAGCGCCAGCAGAGUGUCGGGCAGUUUCCUAACAUACCGAGAGAUGGAGGGCAAACGAGGCAGCGGAUUUGGCAACUCGAGACGCAGCAAUGGCCGGACCCCAGACAGUGGUCGUCUUAGCGAUGAGGACCCCGAUGGCGAACCCGAGGGCUACAGGUACAAGGCAGACGGCCUGAUGAAGCAGUCUUUCAGCAUCACGACGUCGCAAGGGCAGCACCUACACCUGAUCUCGUACUACUCGAGGCCGCAUCCUGGAGCCCCAGACUUGCCGCAGCCCAGCUCCGACCCUCAGCUCCGUCACAUCGUGCCCGCCAAGGGCAUGUACCCAGAGUCAAGUCUUCAUGAGUCUACGCCGCCCGCGCUUACACGGACGCCUAUGCAGCCGUACAACGCGCAGCCUCCUGGACCACCGCCGCCGGAGCCGUCGCCUUACGGCUACACCUGGGGCCCGCCGAAUCCGGCUUGGAUGGGGGCUUGGCCGCCUUCGCCGAACGGUACGCCCCCGUGGAUUGCGGCGAGAAUGUCUCCAGACACGAAAUCGCAGGGCCCGCCACGUCUGCAGCCGCAGCCUCAUCUUCCCAGCCCACACGCACAAGGACCGCCGCCUCAACUUCCACCGCCUAGCACUCUCGCGCCGAUCGGACAUGCCGUCUAUGGUCGUCCGCCUCCUUACGAACACGAGCGCCUGCCCGCUCCAGUUAUCACUACGUCGUACCCUCAGAUCCAGACGAUACCGGCUACUUCUUCGCCAAGACUUCAACAGCUCCAGCAGGCUGCUGCUCACGCAGUCAUGAUCGACCCGCGCCUUGCCACUACAAGUGCUCGGAACCCUCAAGGUCCACUCCCAGCCAUGCCAGCCGCAGCACCGCGUCUGACGCCUCCGCGAACCCUGAGCGUGUCUCCUCCCAGGACCGCAGGCUCGGAAAACAUCAACCCUUCGAGCAAGGCCAGUCUGUCGGCUCUGUUGCACCCCACCCCAGCCAACUCGGAGCCCAACAGCGCGAAUCCGGCCAGCAUAAACAGCGCCAACAGCUCCCCGAGAGCCAUGACAGCCGGCCCAGCCGACUCAUACAACAACAAUGAAGAUGUCAAGGCGAUUCGGUCUUUAGACAGAAAGUUCUGUAUUUGA